CCAAUGGGAGAGCAGAAUCUGGACCCACCAGGAGGGGGCCUAGGCUGUGGGGGGCCCUUGUGUGUGAACUUAAGCCAGCAAAAAAGUUUCCUCUCAAGUGGGAUCCCCUCCUGGCUACCAGAUGUGCUGGACGUACCCAGCCCCCAGUGAUUUCAGUGCCCAGAACCUGUGACCGUCAGGCCAGGCCCGUUGGCUUUGGUGGCUCCCCUCUCCUCCAAUGUGAACUCAGAGCGGGCCCAGCUCCUGCUCACGGACUGUGGGAGGGUCUGUAGAGGCAGGGGCUGGCUGGCAGGGAGCAGAGAGGACGCUGGCCAAGCCCUCUGGGUGGGAAUCUCAGAGUCACCAACCACAGGAGUACAGAGAUCACAAGUCAGACCCCCAAAAUCAGUUGUUUGGCCCCAAAACUGCGGGAUUUUUUCCUUUGAAAAAGAUGAUCUCAUGGUGUCGGGUCUGUAUUUUGAGGUAUGAAGCCACCACCCCCCAUGUGCUGGUGGCCGUUCCCGCACUGCCCCUUUUCCCUGGGUAGGAUACAGUGGUUCUGUCCACACGGCAGGAGCUCUCUGGUUCCUGAUGACGUGGAGCCUCCAGCUUCUCUACCAACUCCCCCACAGUCUGGUUAAUUCAUUCUGUGCCCCCCACCCAGCCCAGCAAUCAGUUCUGCUCCCUGCAGGCCACACAUCUGCCUCUAAACCCACCCCCGGGCACUUCAGCUCCUCCUGCAGCCUGAGGGGUUCUUCACCCCCCUUCCAGGCCUGCUGCUUCAGGUAUGGAGUUGGGGGGUGGCAGACAGAGAGAGCCCAGUGCAACAACGACAGAAGUUACAAGUCUGCCUGCCCAGCCAGCCAAAUCCCUUCCCCUGGGAGCUGAGUCCAGAACUAAACCACAGGAGAAGGAGGGAGAGGCAAAGCGGAGUAUAAAUGGAGGGGAGAGAGAGACAGAGUGAGAUGGGGAGGAAGGGAGGGAGUUUGUAGCAGCCGCAUGUUAAACUAUUAGCAGCACAGGACUGGCACGUGGACAGAAAGCAGCCAUCAGGGCUGGAAAGAGAAGGGGAUUUCCCCCCAGGGAGGAGUGAGUUGAUAUGAAAAUCUGAUAUGAAAGCUCUAACGUCUGUUCCUCUCUUCCCAUCGCUCCAAGUCCCAAGCUUUAACUCCAGCGCUCAGUUCGAGGGAAUCAAAGAGACGUUCAAGAACUUCUCUCUGCCGGGAAAGCGGAGCGGCGAAAGCAGCAGUUUUUCCUCUUUCUUUAAUUCGACCUUAAACAUUUUGAUGUCCGUGCUUGGAGACGAGGGUACGGAGUUAUCACUGGAGAAUGCGAGUGACUCUUUCAACUCUGUCCUGAACAGCACCUCCCUCUGGGAUGAGGGAGGCGAGGGGGAGGUUGUGACGGCUGUAACGUUAGUCCUGGAGACAAUGGAACUGUCCACGCUGGCUAUUGCACUCCAGUCUCCGGAGAAGACAACACAGAACAUGAUGACACCAUCUAUGGCUGUCCAGACACGACUCAUCACAGGGAACUGCAGCCAGCACAGUGAAGUCUUCACACUGAAAGCUCACAAUGAGAUGAUGGACGUGCACUGUGAUACAGUCACCGGGGCAGCCACACGAGCAGGUUUGGGGGCUGCUGCUUUUAUUUCCUACUCCAACCUGGACUCCAUCAUCAGUGCGAGACGUCCCAGCGAGGGAAAUCUACCGGCUGGUGGGAAGCUGGAGAAGAGUCAUCUCAACUCCAGGGUGGUGAGUGGGGCCCUCGGAGACGGGAGACACAUUCACCUCUCCAAACCCGCACACUUCACCCUGCAACAUAAACAGGCCAAAAAAGAGGACGAAGAAUCCUUUUGUGUCUACUGGAAAGUAGUGGCCGGGAGCGGCAGCUGGUCUCAGGACGGCUGCACCGCCGUGGACACGAACAGCACUCACACCACCUGCAGCUGUGACCAUCUCUCCAGCUUCGCCGUCCUAACGGCUUUCACCACAGAGACGGUAUCUCACCGUGAGACUCUGAUCACAGGGCUGGACCCUGAGCUCCGCACUCAGCUGUGGGCAAAGCUCUCACAGGAGCGACUGGAGGCUUUGCUGGGGAAAAGGCUGAGUCGGAGCCGAGGGGGCUGGGCUGGGGUCACUGGUGAUUGUCCCUUUGCUGUGUUACAGGAGAGUUACCCACUGAGCAUCAUCACCUACAUGGGAUUGACCCUGUCACUGCUGUGCCUCUUCCUCGCCAUCCUCACCUUCCUCCUGUGCCGCUCCAUCCGCAACAUCAGCACCUCCCUUCUCCUGCAGCUCUGCCUCUGCCUCUUCCUGGCCGACCUGCUCUUCCUCAUCCCGGUGACACGCACCGGCAGUCCGGUGGCGUGUGCUGUCAUUGCUGGCCUCCUACACUACCUCUUCCUGGCCUGCUUCUCCUGGAUGUUCCUGGAGGGGCUGCACCUCUUCCUCACCGUCAGGAACCUGAAGGUCAUGAAUUACACCAGCGCCAGCCUGUUCAAGAAGAGAUUCAUGUACCCGUUCGGCUACGGCUUCCCAGCCCUGGUGGUGGCUAUUUCUGCAGCGGUGAAUCCUGACGGCUACGGAACUUCCAAACACUGCUGGCUCAGCCUGGACAGAGGCUUUCGUUGGAGCUUCCUGGGUCCAGUCUGUGCCAUAAUCCUGAUAAAUAUAACGUUCUUUGCCUUGACCCUGUGGAUCCUGAGAAACAGACUCUCUUCCCUCAAUGCAGGUGUGUCCACCCUCAAAAACCACAGGUUACUGACCUUUAAAGCCAUUGCCCAGCUCUUCGUUCUGGGCUGCACAUGGAGCCUUGGUCUCCUCCAAGUCGGCCCAGCAGCCACAGUCAUGGCGUAUUUAUUCACCAUCGUCAACAGCCUGCAGGGAGCCUUCAUCUUCCUGGUGCACUGUCUCCUCAAUCGCCAGGUGAGAGAGGAGUACAGGAGAUGGAUCAAGGGUUUCCAAACGUUGAGCACAAAAUAUCAGAUGUCCGAUUUAUCCAUGUCUGCUGUUCCCACCACCAGCACCAAGACGGAGUAACCCUUCUGCCAGGCGGAGUCGGCAGCAACCAGGGUCGGGUUCAAUACGUAGGGGUUCCAAUACAAAACCGAACCGGCUGGAGCCCCCUGUGAUG